CUCUUAAACCCUUCCCUAGCUCUCUUCCUUUCCUCCAGACCAAACUCCUUACUCUUCUUAAAACUCUUCUAAAUUUUUUGUUUGGUCUUUAAACUCUUCUUAGUUCUCUUCCCACUUUCUUGAUACAACUCUCAGCUACUUCCGCUGUGCUUAAUAUUGUUAGCAGCUUUCUGCUGUGUUGGGGCUGGCAAAGUGAAGGUCAUGCGUUAUGCUACUUUCAGUUUUGGAUGUUCAUCAAAUGAGAAGUGCUGUAGCAAAAUUAAGAAGAUAGCAGUUUUUCUUUCUCAAAUUCCUAGGUAUAGAAGAUGGUACAGCAGCAAUAGUGCUGGACUUUCGUCGAGAUUUUCCUCACACAACUCUCAUCCAAUUCUUCGAUCUUGUGGUCUUCAGCAUUGGUUCAAGAAUUGGCAAGAAUUGAGAAAGAAUAAACUUACAGCUAGCACUUUUGGUCAAGCUGUUGGUUUUUUUCCUAAGCGCAGACCCCAACUCUGGUUGGAGAAAAUUGGGGCAAUUGAACCCUUCUCGGGUAAUUUAGCUACGUGUUGGAGUAACAUCAAAGAAGAGGAGGCUCUUGAGAGGUAUAAGCUGAUAACUGGAAAUCCUGUCUCUUUUACUGAUUUUCAGGUAUAUCAGGAAAUGAAGAGGGAGGAUGACUGGCUUGCAGCUUCUCCUGAUGGCGUGGUUGACAAGUUUGUUUAUCAUUUGCCAUCGAGAGGGGUUUUGGAGAUUAAAUGCCCUUUCUUCAAUGGCGAUAUGAGUGCUGCAACUCCUUGGAAAAGAAUUCCAAUCUUUUAUGUUCCACAAGCACAGGGUUUAAUGGAAAUAUUGGAUCGAGAUUGGAUGGACUUUUAUGUUUGGACUACCAAAGGAAGCAGUUUGUUUAGGUUGCAUCGUGACGAAGAAUAUUGGAAGCUCUUGAAGAUUGCACUUUCUGACUUCUGGUGGAAACACGUCCAGCCAGCAAAGGAGUUGUACAAGAGAUCACAGAUCAAAAAUCCCCUUGUUGAACUAGGCUCCUAUAAGCCAGAACCUCAGCAUGAAUUGUUCCGGUCUAUCAUCUAUGAAAGCAGGCGUGUGCUUGACAAUUCCGUGUUGCUUAUGCGUGAAGUUGAUGGAAAAUUACAAAACUGAGAUUCCUUUAGAAAGAUUGCGGUGUUACUUCUUCUAUUAGCAUACUUGAACUCCAAAAUUAAUCAAGAGACAGGGGUUGGAAGAUCACAUGCAUUGACAUGGGCCAGUUGAGCAAAUGAACUUCUUCAAUAGCCAAAAUGGAGGCAGAUGUUAGGACAAAGUUGGCACAAACUCUUAUGGAGAUAAGUUAAGUUGGAAAUUGCUGUUGUCGACCCAAUGACAACCUUCAAAUAGGAGUGGGAAGCGAUGAUUGCAGAAUGAGAGUCCCAUGUGUUGAUGAUGGGUUUUAUGCAGUCAUAUGUUAUAUUGCAGAGCAUGCAAAAAAUUGUGCUGCACUUAUGUAUAAGUAAGGAAGCUUGGUGAAGAAAACUAUGUUGGGAGUUGAAAUGUCUGGUAUGCAAUGAUUCUCUUACUCCCCCAGUAUCUGGCUGCAGUGCUGGAGAAAGUCAUUGAAGCUCAAGAUUUGGCGCAGACAUUGAUUCAAAGUAUUCAGAUGCUGAUGUUGAUGACUAUAUGAGUGCUGGAGAAAGUCAUGGAAGCCGAAGAUUUUGCAGAUUCUAGCACCGACACGGAUUCAGAUAAUUCAAAUGCUGAUGUAGAUGACCAUAUGAGAUAAUGGGAUCACUGAUUUACUGAUGGAAUCAGAUUCACUUUUGGUGAUAAAUAUGGUAACAUGGAAAGAGCCAGGUUUCAUGGAGAUGAAAGCAUAAUGUGCAAGCCAUUCAAGAGAUGAUGGAGCUGAUUAAUGCACACUUACAUCAUACUUUUUGAGAGCAGUGGCAGAGCCAGAAUUUUUGUUGAGGUGUGUCAAAAUAUAUAAAAGUAAACAUAUCAGGAAAUUAAGGGGAGUCAAUAUAUAGUAUAUUUACAUAUAAUUUAUUUUUUUACCUAGCUACACAGUGUAUUUUUCCCGCGAAGGGGUAUCCCCUUCCUAUAAGGUGGCUCCGCCACUGUUUGAGAGGGAAACCUAAUUGCUGACAGUUUUUUAUCAACAUGACAAAAACCAUGGUGAAA